UAACGACUUUUCCAGAGUCUCGUCGUCAUCGUUCUCCUCCCUGUCCCUGGGUGCGAGCGUCCGAAAGCUGAGAACCUGUGUUUCUUAGGGUUUUAACGUUCAAAUCUGAACGAAUAAGGAGAGAAAGAGCUUUUUCCGGCAGAAAUGGAGGGAGCGGAUGAAGUCGGAGCAGAUAGAAAUGUGGAUUCGAAGGACUUGCAGCAACAGAGCAAAGCUCUCGACAAGCUUACCGAUCGUGUUGAGGAUCGCCAGCUCGAUUCUUCUCGCGUUCAAUCGGCUAUGGCUUCCAUUGCCGCUUCCAAGGAGGCGGAUCUGAAUGCCAAGAGGAUGAGGGAGAAGGAAUUGGCUUCUGUCAAGAUCAAUGCAGCAGAUGUUGAGAUUAUCAUGAACGAACUGGAGUUGGAGAAGAGUGUCGCCGAGAGGACUCUGAGGGAGCACAAAGGCGACGCAGUUGCCGCGACCCGGGAAUUGCUUUCGCGAUAUCCUCUCUGUUGAGGUUUUCAUUUUCUCUCUUGCCACCCGCAAAGAUUUCAGAUCUGUUUUCUGUCUUUUUGGCUUCUGAGACAAGACCGUCUGGCUUUGUUGAAUCUUUUGUCUCUGGGGGAACACUCACAUCUGUAAUGUGAAGAGAUUAAAGGGAAAGUAUGAUGUCAUAUUUACGGAUUAUCAAUGUGUAGUUGACACUUAAAUGAUGUUGUUGUGUCUCCGAGAUAUAUUUAUAUUGUGUAAUGAGAUUCGAGAUAAAGAAAUGUACUUUUUAUA